ACCAAUCAGCGAUAAGGAUUUAAUAGAGCACGUUAGGACUUCCGUUCCAUUGAUAUGGUUUAUUUUUGUGUUAUUUAUUUGUAGGUAAAUAAUACAGAUAUUUAUACAGUAAAUAUAAGAUCCUUGAUAAUAAAAUGUAACGGGUCCCUUGAAGCCAUUGGCGGGCUGCAAACACGAAUACAGCAAGAUUUUGUAGUACGCGGACAAAGGCUUCCUUUGUCGGUCUAGUGCAAAUAAGCUAGCUAGCUAACCUGAAGCUAAUAUAGCAAGCUAGCAUCCCUUAACAGAGUAUACAUAUAAUUAUUCCGCUCUUAAAAGAUGACUUCAGCCUCAACGAAGGUUGGGGAGAUCUUCUCAGCAGCAGGAGCUGCUUUUACGAAGCUGGGGGAGCUGACCAUGCAACUGCAUCCUGUGGCCGACUCCAGCCCUGCCGGAGCUAAGUGGACGGACACUGAGAUUGAGCAGCUGAGAUCGGCCGUGGUGAGGUUUGGUGAUGACCUGAACUCUCUCAGCUCUGUCAUCAAGGAGCGCACUGUGGCCCAGAUUAAAACUACGGUCAAGAGGAAGCUGUAUGACGAGAGUGGGAUGCCUAUCUCCACAGACUCCCCAAAGAAGACAAUUAAGAAGACUAGUGUCAACAUGGCUACCACGGCUACACCAACUGUCAUUGCCGUGCCAACCUCACAGGUUGUUGUAACAGCUGGUCUCCAGGGCAGUGUGACUGUGGCCCCUCCCACCAUGAAGAAACAGAAGACCUCAGCAGAUGUGACCUUGAGUGCUCUUAAUGACUCUGAUGUAAAUUCUGACCUGGUGGACAUAGAGGGACUGGGAGAGGGAUCCAACUCCAAGAAAAUCAAUUUUGAUCAGGAUAACCUGAACCUUGACUCCAGCCUCAUCAUGAACUCUAGUGACCUACCACUCCUCUCUCGUUGACCUCUUACCUUUGAACUUCAGUAGAUGUCAGCAUCUAAAACGGCACCCUAUUUCCUACAGUGCUCAGCUUUUGACUAGAUGGGGAUUAAGGGAGCUAUUGAAGACAGUCCAGGCAUCUCACCUGUGGACAACAGCUGUCUUCGGAUCGUCUUUGCAGUUCUUAAUUGGAAAUGGCAUCCUUAUCCCCAUUAACGGCUUCUGCUCAGGGCUAAGGAUGAAUAUGUUGAUGGAUGUAAAUUUAUCCUUUUUUUUUUGUUAUUACCCAAUUUAUCACCAUGCAAGAAGCUGCUGCAAGUCUAUGCAGCUAUAGUCAGGACUGUAGUUUAGAUUUUUCCACCAUCAUGGUGCCUACAUUAACUAUGAUAUGGAUACCCACAGUAUUUUUAUGAUUUUGAUGGCCCAUUAUAACUUUUGUAUAGUGAAUCAUGGAGUUACAAACCCAUGUGUUGGGGGUUAUUUAUUAAACCCACUGGAAAAUACUGAAAUAAAGUUAGAGCACUCAGUUGUGUCAAAGCAUAGGAAUUGAUUAUGAAUCUAGUUUAAUGUACAGCAUUUUCCUUUCUGAAUACAAUAAGGUGGCAAUGUAUUUUUUUUUUUAACAAGACCCACCCACCUAUCUUUCUUGGUAAUGCCUGUUACCAACAUUGGGUUAGGAAGAAGCCUGCUUUCUGAUGACUGGGAUGAUCAAUUAAGUGAUUGGCUGAAUUAUGAAUAAAAUACUUUUUAAUAAAACAA